GGCCUCUACGCCGACCUCGACGUGAUGGCGCGGCGGUCCUGGGAGCCCGUCCGCGCGCUCUGCCCGGAGCUCGUAGUGGCGCGCGCGGACCAGUUCGGACCUUUUCUGUCGCCGGACACGAUGCUGGCGAGCGCGGGGUCGCCGUUCCUCAAACACGUCCUGGAGACGAUGCCGGCGAAGGCGACGAGCCUCCCGCGGCGGCUCCUCGGGCCCUUCCUCUCCGUGCUGACGACGACAGGACCGGUCCACCUCACGGAGAGCUUCCUCGAGUACCGGUCCGCGCACGCCUUCGCCGCGGGAAAUGUCAUCAUCAUCGGCGACGGCUACUACACCGGAAAAGUGACGCCGCUCAAGCUCGUGGGUCAUCUGAGAGGUCGGUCGUGGCACGAGCGCGACGCCUUCGCGGGGCGGCCCAAGAAGAAC